GGUGAAAGGGGAAAGUUCAGAGGUGAUAAUUUUGUUGUCUUUGUGUAAAGGAGUGGAGCUCGAUCUCACAUCACUCUUCCCUCUCCCCGAGUCCUUUCUAAACUCUCCCCCGGGUUUCUACCCUCCCGAACCUCUCCCCUUCUACCCUUACAACCCCAACCCUCCCCCCGAUCACCUACCAGCACACGAAUCAGAUCCAUCUCGGUGACCAAAGACCCCAGUUCUGUACGAACGACUAGGUUGCAGUUAUGGACUCCGGUGUGAUUGAAGGAGGGCUCAAUGUCACCCUUACCAUUAGACUCCUCAUGCAUGGCAAGGAAGUUGGAAGUAUUAUUGGAAAGAAAGGUGAAUCUGUGAAGAAGAUGAGAGAAGAGAGCGGGGCUCGCAUCAACAUCUCUGAGGGCAAUUGUCCUGAGAGGAUCAUUACUUUGGCAGGUCCAACCACCGCCAUCUUUAAAGCAUUCUCCAUGAUCAUUGAAAAGCUGGAAGAGGACAUAAGCAGCUCAAUGACAAACAGCACAGCUACCAGCAAGCCCCCAGUGACCCUACGCAUUGUGGUGCCUGCCAGCCAGUGUGGCUCUCUCAUUGGGAAAGGUGGCUGCAAGAUCAAGGAAAUUCGAGAGUCAACCGGUGCUCAGGUACAAGUGGCAGGAGACAUGCUCCCCAACUCCACGGAGCGAGCCAUCACCAUCGCUGGCACUCCCCAGUCGAUAAUUGAGUGUGUAAAGCAGAUCUGUGUGGUCAUGCUUGAGUCUCCCCCUAAGGGGGUCACAAUCCCCUACCGACCCAAGCCUUCAGGAUCCCCCGUCAUCUUUGCAGGCGGACAGGCAUAUGCCGUACAAGGACAGCACGCGAUUCCACAGCCAGAUUCUUCCUCUGCUGCUAUCUCUCCACAGCUCACCAAGCUUCACCAGUUGGCUAUGCAGCAGAGCCCCUUCCCCAUCGCACCAAGCAACCAGGGAUUCACUGGGAUAGACGCUUCAGCUCAAACCAGUUCCCACGAGAUGACCAUUCCAAAUGAUCUUAUUGGGUGCAUCAUCGGCCGCCAGGGAGCCAAGAUCAACGAGAUCAGGCAAAUGUCAGGCGCCCAGAUCAAGAUUGCAAAUCCAGUGGAUGGAUCGACUGACCGCCAGGUCACCAUCACAGGCUCACCUGCCAGCAUCAGUCUGGCGGAGUACCUCAUCAACGCAAGUGUAGAGUCCUCUAAACCUCCUCCCUCCUCCUCCUCCUUGAACCCUGAACAGACCAGCCCGUGCCCUCCCUCCACCUCUACUACUACUACUACUACCACUACUACUACUACUACUACCACCACCUCCUCUGCUGCUACCUCCUCCUUCUCUUCCUCCUCCUCCUCUUCUUCCUCCUGUGUGGUGCCCCCCUCAGCCUCCAUCCCUCUGUCCUUGUUGGCUCCAGGGCCGCCUCCUCCUUCCUCUUCCUCCUCCUCUUCCUCCUCCACUGAUUCCCUGCUCCCCAGCUCUCCUGCCUGUGUGUCAAGUCUCCUCAGUCUCAAGCCCCUCCCACUCCUGGCCCUCCAUGUUGUCAGCGGUGCCAGUAACCCUGCACACCCAAUCCCCACUGAGCCCAAAAUCGCCCCAGAGCUGAGCUCCAAGUCUAAAAGACGAAGGCUCUCCCCUUACUAACGAAGGAAACAUAAGUCAUCUACUACUUAAGUACUGACAAUGCUCUUUGUUGUCUGUACCUGCACUUGCUUUUGUAUCUGGCUAUGCCACGCCAUGCUUACUACAGAAAACGAAUGCACACAAACAAGUGUUACACAGCCAGACAGAUGGUUGUUGGCAUAUUUAUAAAAUAGAUAUCUGUAGCUUGAUUUGGCCUGUCUCUUAAACAAAUCACACGUUGAGCGCAAUAUAUUUUUAAAUGACUUUGAACUUAGCAUGGACGGUGAAUUAUUUCACUGAUUUACUGAAGCAUUUCUCUCUUUUGUGUAAGCUCUGCUCAGGUAGCGGCUCUCUUUAAGAUGUCACAUUGUAUUUAUGGGAAUAGUUUACUUGUAGGGAAUUUUAAGUGACUAUUGUUAGCGGUCAUAACGGAGAGUAUAUAUGUAUCAUGAUGAGUUUUGUUUUGGGAUUUUUGCUUAAUAUGUACGACGCAAUUGUAAUUUAAUUUCCAAAUCUGCCCUCAGGUAUCAAAGGCACCCUUUAUUUUGAUUCUUUUGUUGAUAUGAAGAAUACAUCAAACAUCUAACCAAUUUAGUUUAAUUUAAAAAGAAUAGAUUGACAUUUUGGGAAAUGCUUAUUUGUUUUCUUGUUGAGUUAGAUGAGAAGAUACCACUCUCAUGUCUGUUCAGUAAAUUUGAAGCUAGAGCCAGCAGCCAGUUCACCAGGAACUGUGUGGGGAAACAGCUAUCCUUGGUCUGUCCAAAGGUAACGAAAUCCAACUAAACGCACCACUGAAGAUCAAUAAUCAACACUUUUUUUAUAUAUAUAGUAAAAACAGCACGUUGUGGUUUUAGAGAGGGGUUAUGUGUCAAACUAUUUCUUGGCCAGGAGAAGUGACUUUCUGGAGUCUCCACCGGUUGCCUAGCAACCUCACAGUCACGACGAGACGGCAGGAAGUUAUAGAUUUUUUGGCUGUUGUACAGAUUAAACAAAUUAGAUCAAAUGUGUUCAUUAGUGAGCUUUUCAAGGUUCUGGGAGUCAGAUUUUGUUACUUUUGGACAGAGCCCAGCUAGUGAUUCCCACCUGUUUCCAUUCUUUAUGGUAAGCUCAGCAAACCAGCUUCUCCUCUACCUCGCGGCAAGAAUGCAAAUAAGCCUGUUUCCUAAGAUAUUGGACUAUUUCUUAAACAGCUCCAUUACCAAACCAUUAAUUACCAACAGUUGGUUGAGAAGAGUUAUCACUGACAAGAGGAACAGCCAAACUAGACUAAUGAUCUUUUUUUUUUUUUUAAAUGUCAGAGCAUACAUUUCCUGUGUAAUAAAUCCAGAUUAUCUAGCAUUUUAUUAUAAUGAUGUAACAUACAGUAAAUGACAUUUAUCUUGUCUGUCUGAUUGCAUGCCUUAUUUUCUCUCCCUCCCUGGUCUCCGGGUGUCUCUUUGUCUGU